AUGAGCUUCUAUCCCGCUCAGCCUGUGAGGGUGGUGAUCCCCGCCGAUAUCACCCCAAUCCGCACAGAACGCCUGAUUCUGCGACUCUCGCAGAAAAGCGACGCGCUUGCGCUAUUUGGAUAUCGAUGCCGUCAGGAGGUGGCUAAUUUUCUCAACAUCGACUACAGAUGGCCCAAAGUCCCUCACAAAGAAAUUAAAGAAACCGAAGAUUACCUCGCCGGCAAAGCCUUCAGAGACCCAGAGGCCUCGGGCGCCACGGGUCGACGGUUCCACUUCGUGUGCAUUCGAGCCGAUGACCCCGAGCAGAAAGUCAUCGGUACGGUGGGCAUCAAUUCUCUGCUCCCGAGCCCGUCGGUGGGAGUCGGGAUCAAUCCGGAUUUCUGGGGAAUGGGAUAUGCCAGUGAGGCUGUGGGGGGUCUUGUGGAAGCGUGGUCGAAUCUUGAGAGAAUGGUACCUCCAGGCACUACUACUACAGGUGCUGGCGCUGUGGGGGAGAAGCUAUUCGCUGCUUGUAUGAAGGAGAAUGUGGGGAGUAUGAAGGUGUUGCUGAAGAAUGGGUUUCGUGUUUACGAUGAGGUUGAGGCGGAGGGGGAUACGGUGGCACUUUUCGAUAUGGACAUGCCGCGACAAUCGAAUAUAUAG